AUGGCCGACGGCAAGCGCUUCGCUUUCGUCUUCACCACCGCAUCCGGCCACACCAAUCCCUCCUUGCCAAUCGCGCGCCUGCUUGUCGGCCGCGGCCACGAGGUGAUCUACCUCUCUUCGGCCGUUUUCCAGACUGCGAUCGAGGGCACCGGCGCCGCGUUCGUGGACGAGACAGCGGUGUUGACCGACCUCUAUCACUCCGGCAUGGACAACUUCAUGCUGAUGUUCAAAGGACUGGUGACUGAGUUUGGGUGCGAGACGGCUCCUUUCGUCAAGCAGCAGCUCAAGGUGAAGAAUGUCAUUGUCGAACGUCAGCUGCCCGGCCUCAUCCGGUUCCUCAAGGAGGCCUCACCUCCAUUCGACGCCGUGGUCUACGAUCCCAUCAUGAUGAACGCGGCCGGCAUCGCCUGCCUGCUUCUCGACCUUCCAGCUGUGGCUCUGCUCACGGUCGCAGGCCCAGGCGCGGCUGAAGCGCUGUACCAUGACCUGGCCGGCAAGGCUGGCAUGCGCCUGGAGGAUCUUGACCGAGAGUACCACGAGGACGAGACGAACACGGGAGCCAUAGAGCGCAUGCGGGCGCGCUAUCCAGGGAUCUUCUUGCCUGGCGCACACCCAUACUCGCUCCCGAUGACGCACAGCUACGUGGGCGGGCGUCGAGCAGCGGCACUGGUGACAACGAUCGAGCCCCUCUGCGACACCAUGAGCAAAGAGAUGGCUGCAGCGCUGGAGGAGCUGCAGAUCCGUUUCUUCUACAUCGGGCCGAGCCUCGACGUUGAGGGCGCAGUGCGCGCUGGGGGCUUCAAAUCUACAAAGGAGGAGGGGGGAGGGGUGGGCGAGGUGGAGGGCGCGCCGUCUCCGACGCCGCUGCCACCGUUCCGUUCGGAUGUGGGAGACACGAGCGGCGCGGCGCUCGCCGCCGUACGGGAGGCCAGCGCGCUGGGCGCCCCAGUCCUAUACGUCAGCCUCGGCACCGUGCUCACCUCCGACCUGCCGUUCAACGGAUGGAACAGCCGCGAGAAGGACGGCGCGCGGGAGUUCGGCAUCACCGGGAAGCAGCUCGUGCAGAGCGUCCUCCGCGCGGCGUUUGAGGAAUUUGGUGCGCCCGACGAGGCGGAGCCAGCGAGGCGAGGCUCCGUGUCCGACCUGGCGUGCGUCUGCCGGGGCGAGCCCCUGCUCGUGUGCAGCACCGGCCCCCAACCAGACGCGCUCGAGGGGCUGACCGUCCCGCCGAACGCCGUGUGCCGCAGCUACAUCCCGCAGGUCGACCUCCUCUCCUCAGGCGCGGUGGGCAUGUUUGUGACGCACGGCGGCCAAAACUCGUUCACAGAGAGCAUGGCGAACGGCGUCCCGCUGGUCGUCGUCCCCGGGUUUGGCGACCAGCCAGUAAACGGCCGCAAGGCGGAGCGCUUGGGCUUGGGCGUCGCGGUGCCCCGCCCGCAGGAGGACAGCGCAGCGGUAAUCGAGGAGUACGUGCGCGACUUGCGCCAGGCGAUGCGUGGCGUGCUCGAGGGCGAGUCGUAUGUCGCAAAGGCACGGGCGAUGGCGGAGGCGAUCAAGGGCGCCGGGGGAGCGGAGAGAGCGGCGGAGAUCGUGGUUGGGCUCGCAUAG